GCCAAUAGGGACGCGCUCGGGAGGAAGGGGAGGGGCCCGCGCAUGCGCCGGCCGCCGGUUUGUCCUGCGCCGCCGCCGUCGGGGCCGCCAUGGAGGCGGAGGGCGGCUACGAGCCGGGCUUCGUGGGGAUCCGCUUCUGCCAGGAGUGCAACAACAUGCUGUACCCCAAGGAGGACAAGGAGAACCGGAUCCUGCUCUAUGCUUGCCGCAACUGUGACUACCAGCAAGAGGCUGACAACAGCUGCAUCUAUGUCAACAAGAUCACCCACGAAGUGGAUGAGCUCACGCAGAUCAUCGCCGACGUCUCCCAGGACCCCACACUGCCCCGCACCGAGGACCACCCCUGCCAGAAGUGUGGGCACAAGGAGGCUGUAUUCUUUCAGUCACACAGCGCCAGAGCCGAGGACGCCAUGAGGCUCUACUACGUUUGCACGGCCCCGCAUUGCGGCCACCGCUGGACCGAGUGACAGCGCCUGGAAACACUCUCAAUCUCAACAUUGCCACAGAUUGUGGCCGUUGCCCCAGAACCUGCCCCCCACCACCACCACCCCCAGCCCCUGAACCCCCCAACCCUGGGUCCACCUCUCCCCCCGUACCUGCUGGGGUGGCAUUUUGGUGGCAAUAAUGAUUAUUUUUGGCAG